AUGCUGGGGUGGGUGACGAGCCCCUCCCUGGAUGCCUGGGUCCGCGGGACGUCAGGUCAGCAGGUGGCCAUCAAGAAGAUCCCCAACGCCUUUGACGUGGUGACCAACGCCAAGCGGACCCUGCGGGAGCUGAAGAUCCUCAAGCACUUCAAGCACGACAACAUCAUCGGCAUCAAGGACAUCCUUAAGCCCACCGUCCCUUACGGCGAGUUCCGCUCCGUCUACGUGGUGCUGGACCUGAUGGAGAGCGACCUCCACCAGAUCAUCCACUCGGCACAACCGUUGACGCUGGAGCACGUCCGCUACUUCCUCUACCAGCUCCUGCGGGGCCUCAAGUACAUCCACUCGGCCAACGUCCUCCACCGCGACCUAAAGCCAAGCAACCUCCUGGUGAAUGAGAACUGCGAGCUGAAGAUCGGCGAUUUCGGCAUGGCCCGGGGGCUGGGGGCUGACCCACGGCACGCCAAGGCCUUCCUCACCGAGUACGUGGCCACACGCUGGUACCGGGCACCAGAGCUGCUGCUCUCG